AUGGCCGGCGGCCUCCUGUCCAAGGACGACGGCGUCUGGCGCGACGACUCCAACGACAAGCUCGGCCCCAACGCCGGGCCCGUCGUCGAGGCGACGUUCGACAUCUGCCUCGAGCGCGCGGUCGCGGCGAACGGCGGCAAGCCGCUGAGCUCCAAGGCGAAGCGCAAGCUCGAGAAGGACUACGCGUCCCGGAAGCGCGAGGCCGAGGAGCUCAAGGCCAAGGAGCUCGCGUCCCUCGAGGGCGCCCAGUUCGCGUGCUCGCAGAGCGCGAUCAACGAGAACGACGCCGCGUGGCAGAACGCGCUCGACGUCAAGAUCGACAGCUUCACGAUCUCCGCCGCGGGCAAGACCCUCUUCCAGGACGCGAGCCUGCUCAUCGCCCACGGCAAGCGCUACGGCAUCGUCGGCCCCAACGGCCGCGGCAAGACGACGCUGCUGAAGAUGAUCGCGUCCGGCGACCUCAAGACGCCGCCGCGCGUGCAGUGCCUCUACGUCGAGCAGGAGGUCCAGGCCGACGACACCUGCGCCGUCGACGCCGUCGUCCGCGCCGACGCGGAGCGGAGCGCGCUCCUCGCCGAGGAGAAGGCCCUCGCGGCGAAGCUCGAGGCCGGCGGCCUCGCCGCGGAGGACCAGCAGGCGACGUCCGAGCGCCUCUCCGCCGUCGGCUCGGAGCUGCUGGCCAUCGGCGCCCACGCGGCCGAGUCCAAGGCGCGGCGCAUCCUCUUCGGCCUCGGCUUCUCGGCGGAGAUGCAGCAGCGCGCGACGAAGCUCUUCAGCGGCGGCUGGCGCAUGCGCAUCUCGCUCGCGCGCGCGUUGUUCAUGGAGCCCGUGCUGCUCAUGCUCGACGAGCCGACGAACCACCUGGACCUCAACGCCGUCAUCUGGCUCGACGACUACCUCCAAAAGUACAAGCACACGAUCCUCGUCGUGUCCCACGACCAGGACUUCCUCAACAGCGUCUGCGACGAGAUGCUCCACAUUAGCGAGGAGCGGACGCUCGACCACUACCGGGGCAACUACGACACGUUCAAGACCCUGGAGCAGCAGAAGCGCGCGGCGCAGCUCAAGGCCUGGGAGAAGCAGGAGAAGCAGCUCCGCGCGCUCAAGGGCAAGUCGAACUCCAAGGCCAAGGCCGAGGAGCUCGUGAUGAAGGCCGCGAAGGCGAAGCGCGAGCCCGGCGCGCGGUCCAAGAAGGCCCAGGCCAUCGCCGCGGGCCAGGACACGGCGGACGUCGCGGCCCUCAUCGAGAAGCCCAAGGAGUACCUCGUGGAGAUGGAGUUCCCGCCCGUGACGAAGCUGUCGCCGCCCGUGCUCCAGGUCAUGGACGCGCACUUUCGGUACGCGCCGGACCUGCCCCACAUCUUCAACGACAUGAACUUCGGCAUCGACCAGGACUCACGCGUCUGCAUCGUCGGCAACAACGGGAGCGGCAAGACGACGCUCCUGCACCUGCUCACGGGCAAGCUCGCGGCGACCGAGGGCGAGAUCAAGCGGAACCCGCGGCUCCGCAUCGGCGUCUACAACCAGCACUUCGUCGAGCGGCUGCCCAUGGACGAGUCGCCCGUGGACUACCUGCGGCGCCUCUUCAACGACGAGACCUACCAGUCCGUGCGCAACAUGCUCGGCCGCUACGGCCUCCAGGGCCACGCGCACACGAUCGCGAUGCGCGACCUCUCCGGCGGCCAGAAGGCGCGCGUCGUCCUCUGCGAGCUGUCCCUCGCCGCGCCCCACAUGCUCCUCCUCGACGAGCCCACGAACAACCUCGACAUCGAGACCAUCGACGCGCUCUGCGACGCGAUCAACGGCUACGACGGCGGCGUCAUCUGCGUCACGCACGACGCGCGGCUCAUCGAGGCGACGAACAUGCGCCUCUGGGUCGUCGAGAACCGCCAGUGCGUCGAGUGGGGCGAGCCCUUCGACAAGUACCGCGAGCACCUCCUCGAGAAGCUCGAGCGCGCCAUGGCCGACCAGGACCAGCGCGUCACCGCGGCGGGCCUCUCCGUGGACAUGGGCGGCAACCGCAACUGACGCGCGCGGUGCCUAACAAGGGGUCCCCGCGUGGCG